AACAAUAAGAAGCACAUAUCGCUAGCAUUAAAAUAUAUACAGCAGGCCGAGAUGCCUGCAUUUUUGGUCUUUUGCCCCCAAAUCAUAUCCAGAUCCAGAGCCCAAGCAAACGCUGGUAGCCCAGACACCACGCCAGCCAUAUCCCGUCUACCCCGCUAUCCAAAGCAAGCCCAUCCAAUCCGUUCCAUACAAGGCCAGGAUGACUGGCCACAUGAUGAUGAGACAAUGAAAUGCGCAAAAGAGAUAAGAGGAAAAAACGAGCCUUUGGAGAAAGAGCCCGGUCCAGCAAACCGCCCAACCCAUUGCUGGCAAUCACGUAUAUCCGUCCCCGAAACGCAUCUCUGUUGAAGGAGCAAUAGAAAGGCGAGAAACUCUAUAACACCGAGGUGGGGAUAAGAAAUAAGGAA